GCCGCUUCCGGUGCCGGGCGGGGACGGCCGGAGCGAUGGGGGUCACCUGCGUGACGCAGGUGCCCGUUUUGGAGGGGAAGAGCGUGCAGCAGACGGUGGAGCUGCUGAGCAAGAAGCUGGAGCUGCUGGGCGCCGAGAAGCACGGCGCGUUCGGCGUGGACUGCGAGACGUACCACACGGCCGCCGCCAUCAGCAGCCAAGGGCAGACAGGCAAGCUGAUGUACGUGAUGCACAACUCUGAGUACCCCCUCAGCUGUUUCGCUCUCUUUGAAAACGGGCCCUGCCUCAUCGCAGAUGCCAACUUCGAUACGCUCAUGGUGAAGCUGAAAGGCUUCUUCCAGAACGCCAAGGCAAACAAGAUCGAGAGCCGGGGCACGCGCUACCAGUACUGUGACUUCCUGGUGAAGGUGGGCACCGUUACGAUGGGUCCCAGCGCCCGGGGGAUAUCUGUGGAGGUGGAAUACUGCCCUUGUGUGAUAGCCAACGACUGCUGGAACCUGCUGAUGGAGUUCAUGCAGAGCUUCAUGGGGAGCCACACUCCCGGCAUCCCGUCUGUGUUUGGCACCAAACAUGACAGCAUCUACAGCCCCGCGGACACAAUGGUUCAGUACAUGGAGCUGUUCAACAAGAUCCGCAAGCAGCAGCAGGUGCCUGUAGCAGGAAUCAGGUGAAAGGACUCCCAGAGCUCUGUGCAGAGCGGCUGCAUCCUUUCUGCAGAUCAGGAGUUCCUCCAAGAAGCGGCAGCUGUCAGCCCAAGGUUUUUUUUUCCUUCCAAAUCUCUUUGCACCAUUUGAAAGCAAAGGUUUUGAAUGCCACGAGGAUUUCUUCUUGUCCUCCCCCUCCUUCUUCCUUCUCUGUGUGUCUGUGCUCAGGCCCAUGGCUCUGCUGGUUCUCGGUGCAGUGCUUCAUGCAGGGGGAUUACCAUUUGUUGGCAAAGGAAUCCCAGCCAAACGCAUGCAGAGGGCAGAGUCUCACUGAAUGCAAACAGCUAGGAGAAAGGAUUUUUUUUUUUUUACUGCAAUAUUUGUGUGAAAAUGUCUUGUUAUUUUUUGUCAAAAUAAAAAGCUGUCUUUUUGUGAGAAGA